AUGGAAGAUGCUCUGAAUGCAGGAGCUAGAAGGAGGGCACUAGCUGUGAUGGCUACACCGGUGCCUGUGAAGCGACCACUUCACAAGAGUCCCUUGGGUGCAGCUUCGCAGAGUGGGUCGACGGUCACACCAGACCCAAAACGGCACAUGUCCGAGACUGGGAGCGAUGUCAAAACAACUUCGUCAAGUGCGUCUUCGGCCAAGCCAGCUGAAGUACACGUUCCCCCGGUCCAACUCUUCAAAGCUGGUGAUGAUGAAGAAGUUCCAGACACAAUGGUGCUUGAUGAAACUCCGAAGUCGACGAGCCCAAAGACAGGUGAUACUGUUGCACCGAUGCUGCUGGAUUCCAAUGGGCCGAAGAAUGAUGUUGUUGACAACGGUGGUCCCAUUCCAUCUUCGACAGCUGCCACUGCGAUGAAUCAGCCCACCGUGCCUCCCCUUCCAAUGAUGCCAUCGAAGGAGCCCUGUGGCGAUGCUUCUUUGGCUCUCGCCUGCACACCAGAAGUUCAAGCUGCCUUGAGUCAACUGGUGGCCAACCCUGUGCUUGCAGAGAAUCCUGCAUGUCUGCGUGAGUUCCUGGAGCGUAUCCUGGGGAGUGCUGCUUCUCAUGCCAUCCGCCCUCAUGAGGACAUCAAAGCUCCGGUCACAAAACGACAACAUGAGAAUGGUGACACGGAGCCCGAUGGCAGUGUUGAAACAUACAAGUCGUUUUGGUCGAAGUUCAAAAGGCCAUCCAGACAUGACACUCCUGACCAAGCUGAGUCCCCAGAACCGAAGAAGGACAACACAGAGGUAGCAUCAACACCGAAAACCGAUGAAGCAAUUGUGGCAUCUAGAGUUUCAGAACAAGAAGAAGCAGGUCUGACUACAGGACAUGGUGAGAAACCAGCUGAGACACCGAGAAAAGAUGCUGCAGCACAGACACCAGUGUUUGAAGUGGAGGAUGCCUCACCCACACUGCCCAAGGAGAUCCCGGACAACCAGCUGGGGGAUUCAUCCCUCUACCCUCCAACACCUUUGGCUUCGCCUGCUCCGACCUCUUUGGAUGUGAAAUCUGACUCAAAGGAUGGGGUAGAUGUUGCAGACACUGCCGACCAAGAUGGUGACAACAAGCCUUUGGAACCACUGCCUGCUGUUCCAAGUGAAGCUGAGACGCCCGAGCCGAAGGCAACACAGAGCCUUCCCCCAUUCAGCCCACAGGGUUUGUCGCCGGAGUUCAUGCAGGAGAUGGAUCGAAUGUUUGGACCCAGUGAUGAAAGAAUUGAUGAAAGUAAGAUGGAAAAACGGGAAAAGCCCUUCACUCCAAAGGCUGAAGAUGUGCAGGCAUGCCUGCGCAGGAAGGAUACUGUGGACCUGGCUCCUCAAGCUGCACCAGGUCACACCAGAGUGCUCAUGUCCCUUGCUGGUGUGGUGCAGCCUGUUUGGGUCCCCAUGAGCAAAGAGGCAGCCAUUGCUGCUGGGCUGUCACUGGCUGAGUUGGCCGCUGAUGACCUACCACCUUUGAAAUCCGCAGAAGGGCAACCAUCAGUUGAAGGGUCUAUCUGUGCCACCCCCAGAGCCGCAGAACCGACCCAUGCCACCCCUGGAGCCGCAGAACCGGCCCAUGCCACCCCUGGAGCUGCAGAACCGACUGGUGGCAAUGCAGAAAGUGAAAAUGCAACUGCUGCUGCCAAGGCUUUGAAGAAUGGCUACAUGAGGUUUUCUAGAUCUGUGACCAGUGCCUAUGCUGCAUUAAUAGGGUGGGGAGAACUGGUAUCAUGGGCACAACAUAUUUUACAAAUUGUAGUAAACUAUUUGUAUAUUUGCUGUUCCUAUAUGGUAUGUUUUAUGGUACCGAAAAAAACAAUGAUAAUAUCUAGCUUCUGUUGUGCUCAGGUGAUCGAUGUCCACCUGAAAUUGCUGCACGCUGGGCUCAGAUUAAGGCGAAAGGUGUCUAGGCUCCACUUAAGACAGUUCAUGUGGUUUGGCAACUGGUGUAGCUGUGGAUGUCUGAAGUCUCUUGUUGUCCACUGGUACAUGAUGUUACAUGGUUUAGGUUUUGAACCUGAUGAUGUUUGCCUUGAGGCGGCAAAGCCAGUCACCAAGAGCGAUGGCAGCUCUUCGAGGAGUUCAUUCAGAGCAAAGAAGAUUGGGGACAAAGUGCUUUGCUGGCUAGCAUCCGGGCGAAUAGAGAACAUGAACGCCGUGGGAAGUACCAAUUGA